UGUUUGUUUGUUCUGUGCACUGUGAUUGAUGGAUAUCGAUAAUAACUAGUUUUUUUUGUAGUUUUUUUUGGGUUGUUUGAAAUACUAUAAAACUCUUUGAUUUUUUGAAAAUUCAGUUUUUAAUUUUUUCUGGAAAACGUUUCAACUGGUCGACGAAUUUUUUUGUUUUGUUUUGUUCAACGUACAAAUCUUGAAGAAUUUUUCUCUUGAACAACGCGAUUGAUAUUUGUCUGAUUCUGACAACAACAACAACCGCAACCACAAAAAUAUAAACGAAAAUGUCGGUUCAAAAAAUCAUUAUCGUUGGUGAUAAAAAUGUGGAUAAAGAAUCAUUUAAAAAUAAACUAAUGAAUUUACAACGUGAUUCAAAUGUAUCUACUGAAAAUCGAUUUCUAUCAUGGACAAUCAAUCAACAACAAUUAAAAGUAGAAUUUAAAAUUGUUGAACCGGAUGAAUUGCCAGCCGUACGAGAUAGUUUUUAUCGUAGUGCAAACGGUUUCAUCUGUGUAUUCGAUGUGAAUGAUGAACAAAGUUUAACAACGGUAAAAAAAAUGCGUGAACAAAUAUUGAUUGUACGAUCUCAAACACGUAUCAUAUUGGUUGGUAUUAAAAGCAAUAAUAUUGAACAGAAAAAAUUACGUAAAAUAAAGAAAAAAGAUGCAAAACAAUUGGCAAAAACAUGGAAAGCCGAACAUUUUGAAACAAUUAUUGAAGGAAAUCAAAAUAUUGAAAAUUGUUUAAAUGUUUUAAUGAAGGCAAUUAUUGAAAAUAAACAUACACGUUUAGUAUCUGGUCGUACUAGUUUGAAAAAUACAUUGGAUCGUUUUAAAUAUUAUAAUUGUUUUAAUUGAUUUGUAAUUUUUCCAUUAUUAUUAUUGAAUUGAAUUGAAUUGCUUUCAAAUAUUUAAAACUAAUCGAAACACACACAGAAAACAAACAAACAAACACACACACAUAUAACCAAUUUCCUAUGAAUAUUACUUUUAAUGAUAAUGGUAAUUUUAUGGUAUUCUCUUUCUCUGUUUGUAUUUUUCUUUCUUUUUUUUACCAAUGUAUU